AUGAAUAAUGACCAGAAAAGUGAUUUUAGACUUGAUCAAUCAACAAUUAGUAAUGGAUUAUUUACCGUAAUAGAACGAAAACCUCUUUCUUCGCUAGAAAACAAUGAUAGUUUAAAUAUAAGUAAUUUAAGUGAUCCCUUAAAUGUUUCUAUUGAUUGUUUAUCAAAAAAGAAAGAAGAUAAUACUACUAAUGACAAUAUUUGUGAAAUUUAUAGAUUAAAUAGCUCACAAAUUUUAAAUGAUAAUUUAGAUAAUACAGUUAGUAGAAUAAGUUACGUUGAUGAUGAUGUUUCAUCAUUUUAUGAUUCAGAAAAAGAAGAAGAACUUUAUUUUGAUAAUGAUAUUUCUACACUCGGUUCUUGUUAUUCCUUUUCAAGUACUAUGAAAAAUUGCAAAAAGAAAAAAUUAAGAAAUAGUGUUUAUAAUAGUUCAAGUUAUAAAAAUAUAGAAUAUGAAGAAAGUAGUGAAAAUAAUUCUCCUUUUAAUAAGUCAAAAGAUAAAGAAUUAAAUAAUGAAUGUAAUUUAGAAGAAGCAUAUAUAAAAGAAAAUUAUAAUGAUAAUAAAAAAUGUUUUAGUAAUUUAAGUUUUCCAGAUGAUUUAAAAAAUAAAAAAGAUGAUAUAUCUGAAUGUAAAAAUAGUGAAUUGUCAAAUGAAGAAUUAUUAAAUUCAAACAAUAAUAAUGAAAAAGCUAUUCGAUUGAAUAAAAAUAUAUAUAGAAUAGUUAAUAUAAAUAAAUCUGAUAAAGAUAAUAAGGAAAAUUUUAUAAGAAGAAUAACACAAAUAAGAAAAAGUAUGAUAAAAGAAAAAAGUUGUGAAGAUGAUCAAAAUGAAUCAAAAUUAAAUGAUUUAUGUAAUAAAGAAAAUGAAUCAAAUGUAAUAUUUGAUAAAGAAUCAAAAAAUUAUAAAAAUUAUAACAGAUUCAGUGAAGGAUAUAAUUUAAAGAAGUAUAACAAUUUAUCUAGGUAUAACAGUGAUAAAAAAAUAAAAUAUAAAGAAUUAAAUCAUGAAGGAGAAGACUCCUAUUUUGAGGAAGAUUUUGAUGAAUUUAAUGGUUCUUCAAAGGAUAAUUUAUACUAUGACUAUGUUCGUAAAAAUAAAAAAGAAGGCAAUAAGCAAUUUAAAAAUGAUAUAUUAAAAGUAAGGAAUGAAGAUUUUCAUAAAAAUAGAAGAAAUAAUUAUGGAGAAACAGAUUAUAACAUAAAUGAAAAUAUAUAUUAUAAAUAUAUUCAUAAUAAGAACAAUAGAUUAAAAGAAUUUGAUAAAGAUAAUAAUAUUGAAAAUAAUAGGCGCAUAUUAAAAAACUUAAAUAAUUCCUAUAGCGAUGAAAAAGAAUUAUAUGAAGAAAAUGAUGAAAAUUUGAAUAAUAUGAGAUAUAAAAACAAAUUUCAUAAUGAUUAUGAAGAAUAUUAUGAUAAUAAAAAACAAGAUGACUAUUAUUCCAAUGCACGAAUAAAAAGAUACAGUUCAUUUGAUACAAAUAUCAAUGCAAAAAAGUAUUCAGAUGAUUAUUUACAUAAUCCUGGAAAUAAAUAUAUAAAAAAUAAACAUUGUAUAAAUAAAAAAGAUCACUAUUAUAAUUUAAAUAAUGCAUAUAGAGAGGAAGAUGAUAAUAAAAACUAUUAUAAUAAUAUUUAUAACAAUUUAACAGAUGAUGAACAUAAAAGUAACGAAUUUGUUUAUAAUAAUAAAGAUUCUAAAACUAAAAAUAUAAUGAAGAAUGAAAUAAAUGUAAAUGAACAAAUGAAAAAGACAAAAUAUAUUUAUAAGAAUAACAACGAUAAUCAUGUAGUUCCUGGUGAUAAAAUAUAUAGAAGUGAAGAUAUUUAUGAAAAUGAAGAAAGAAAUAACUAUUUUAAAACUUUUCCAAAUAAAAGUUAUAAGAAAGUCGAUGGUGAAGAUAUGUAUAUUAAUAAUGAUAGAAUUAAAAAUGAUGAAAAUAAUAUAAAUGACAUGUAUAGGAAUGAUAGAUAUAUAUCAUCUAAUAAAAAAUUUGAAAAUGAUUAUUCUAUGUAUGAAAAAAAAUAUAUAGAUGACAAACAAAAUGAUGAAGGUAUAAAAAUGAAAAAAAAUGCUAUUUUUAAGAAUAUAGAAGAAAAAAAAAUGUUUUAUAAAAAUAAUUUUAUAGAAUAUAAUAAUAACAAUUACGGAAUAGAAAAUAAUGGAAAAAAUAAAAUUUCUUAUGGAAAUAUUAACGAAAUUUCAGAUAAAAAUGAUAUAAAUAAUAACCUCGAAGAAAAAGAGUUGUUUUAUUAUAAAGAAAGAAACAAUAUAUUAAAUAAUAAUGAAAAUAAAAAAAAAAAAAUAUAUAUAGAUGAUUAUUAUAUUGAUAAAAAUGAUUAUAACGAUAAAUGUGAAAACAAAAAUAAUAAAUAUUCUUCCAUUAUGAAUAAUAAAUAUAAAAAUGAUUCAUAUAUGUAUAAUAAUGAUGACGAUUAUUAUAACCGAAAAUAUUCUCAAUUGAAAUCAAAUGAUCAUAUAAAUCCCAAUUAUAAAAGUAUUAAUUAUGAAUAUAAUAAUAAAUCAAAUAAUAUUUAUAACCGUAUGAACGAAAGAAAUAAUUAUGAUGAUACAAAUUAUCAUAAAAAUGAAAUACAUUUUCAUCAAAAUUCUGUUGAUUAUUUAAACAAAAAAGAUAUUUAUGAUCAAUAUGAAAACAUUGAUGAACAACAUAAUAUGUAUAAUAAGAUGAAUAUACAUAAUAAUUAUAAUGUAAAAAAUACAUAUUUUAAUGAAAAUCAAGAUCAAGAAAAUAUAUAUUUAAACAAAAUGAAUAUUAAUCUUAAUUCAGAAAUGAUGAAUUUUAAUGAAUUUUCUGACAAUAAAAAUAAUAUAAAAAAUUUGAAUGAAAAUCAACUAGACAUAAAUGAUGAAAAAAAAAGAGAGGAAAAUAAUCAUGGAAAUGUUACUUCUAGUGGAGAAAAGAAAGAAGAGGAAAAUUCAAAAAUUUCUAUAAAUGCAAAUAAGAAUAACGAAAUUGGUAUAAUAGAAAAUAAUGAGGAAAAGGAAAAAUUAAAUGAUUUUUCUAAUGAUAAUGAUUUACAAAAAGAGAAUCUAAAUAAAACAAGUAUAGUAAAUAAUAAUUUAUCAAAUAAUAUAGCACAAAAUAUUACUACAACUAAUAAUAUAGAUCUCUUAAAUAAACAAAAUAAAGAUCAACCACCUGUAAAGAAAAAAAGAGGACGACCGAAAUUAAAAAAAACACCUCCAGAAGAACUGCAAUCAAAUGAAAAUAAUAAUAAUAAUAAUAAUAAUAAUAAUAAUAAUAAUAAUAAUAAUAAUAAUAAUAUACUAUCAUAUCAACCAGGAAAUCAAAAUAUACAAACAAAUAAUUUUAAUAACUUAAAUAAUAAUGUAGUGAAUGAUUUGAAUAAUCCAUUAUAUAAUAAUGUGAAUUCAGUAAUUAAUCCUACAUAUAAUACACAAAUACCUCAUACCAUAAAUACUCAUUUAAAUCAACCUUUAGAUCAAUUAAAUCAGCAAAUAAAUCAAGCAUUAGGUCAACCUUUAAAUUAUCAAUUAGCCCCACCUCCCCCUCAGGCAUUAAGUCAUCAGUUAACUGAUCCAUUAAGUCAGUUAAAUAAACCAUUAGUUCAACCAUUAAAUCAGCAAAUAAAUCAACAAUUAAAUUCCCAAUUAGAUCAACAAAUGUCACAUCAAAUUAAUCAUGCAUUAAAUCAACAAUUAAAUAUUCCAUUAAAUCAGCAAAUAAAUCAACAAUUAGGUCAUCCAUUAAAUACUCAGUUGGAUCAACAAAUUAAUAAUCCGAUAAAUCAACAAUUAAACCAUCCUUUAAAUCAGCAAAUAAAUUCUCAGUUAGACCAACAAAUGAAUCAACAAUUAAAUAUGAAUUUAAAUCCAUCAUAUAAUCAUCAUCAUAUUUAUAAUAAUAAUAAUGUGAAUAAGCAUAUGAAUCCAUCCCUAUAUGUAAUUCAAAAUAGGAUGAAUAAUAAUUUUAAAGGAAAUAUAAAUGAAGAACAAUUUGCUCCUAUGUAUAAUAAUUAUGAUAAAGAAAUAACGAAUCAUGUUGAAUCUAAUUAUUAUUAUAGAAAUAUGGAUAAACUGAAAAAUAAUAAAGACGAUUUCUCUUAUGAAGGAGAAGAAGAAUUUAAUAAAAAUAAUAAAAGAAAUGCUAGAUCAACAACAAGUGAAUCAGAAGAAAAAGAUUCAGAGAGAGAAUUUAAAAAAGUUCAUAAGAAAAGAGGAAGAAGAAGAAAAAAGGAUAUAGAACAAAAUGAAAAUAAAUCAAAUAAUAAUAUUGAAAAUAAAUCAUCUUCAGAUUUUUAUAAAAACAAUAUAAAUAAUAAUUUGAAAAAUGAAUUAAAAACAGAUCCAGGAUACUCUACUUUUGUUGAUGAAAAUAACAAAACUGUUUCUUACAGGGUGUCUUAUCAUCCUGCUGAUGCUGUGUGGGAAAAAAUAUCAGGUGUUAAGUUUGGUCCGAUGAUAUUAACAGCUCAAAGUAGAACAACAAAUGUAAUUUUAUCAAAAAAAAGAUCUAUUGAAUUAGGGAAUAUUUUACAUAAUUUAAUAUACGGUUAUAUAUAUAAAGGAGACAAUGUUAGAUUGACAAUAGGGAAAGAAUCAAAAAAUGUAAAAAGUGGUUCUCCUUUUUUUUUGCCAAGUUUUAUGGAUUGCAGCAUACAUAAUGAUGAUGAAUCAGGAUCUGCUAAAAUAUUUUUAUGUUUUGUUUACCUAAAUUAA